CUUCCUUUGACAGAGUUGCACAGAAGCAAAAGUCAUCUGUUAGACUAGAAAGCUACUGAAAUAAAGUCAACUGCAGGUGUAAGGUGUCUGGAAUUCGGUAAGGGAAUGCAUGAACAAGGACCUGCCUCACCAUGGUGUGCGAUCUCAUGUUUGCUUCAUCCAUCCUCAUAUACCUGUCAUCCUUCAUUGGCAUGAUCGGCAACCUCAUCGUCCUCUUUGCCUUCAUCAGCAAUGCGAUACGGCACAAAGCUCUCCAGCCUUUGGAUCGGAUCAUCGUCAACAUGACUCUGGUGAACUUCCUUCUUUGCUGCUACAAGACCAUUCCCGGCCUACUCGUUUUCAGCAGCGCCAAGGUUUUUGGUGAAACGGGCUGCAGGAUCCUUCUUUACACGUAUCAUACACUCAGGCUGAUCAGCAUCUGGUCAGUGGAGAACCUGAGCUUCCUGCACCUCAUCAAGAUUCGGAGGCCCAACCACCGGUGGUCAAAGUUCAUUUACAGGCACCAGGGACAAUAUGUCAACAGCACCCUUGCCGGCUGUUGGAUAGUCAGCAUCCUCUUACAGAUCCCUUAUUUGCAGUAUGAGAAAACAGCAGGAAGGAGAGGGAACAAGACCAUCGCCUUCCUGGCAACUUCAACCUGCUUAAGAUCCACAGGGAGUUUUGCCAUGAAGUUCACCACUUACGCAUCAGUCAGCUUGGACCUCGUCUUCAUUAUGCUAGUCAUUGUCCUCAAUGUUUUCAUCAUUGACCUUCUCUGUAAGCACAGCAGGAAAGUGAAGGCUGCUUCCUCAGUCAGCAACAGUGGCUGGAACAAGCAUACAGCCCAGGCCACAAAAGUCUUGCUGUCGCUGCUCUCCAUCUAUGUGGUCUGCUGGAUCUCCAAUGAUAUGGUCUGGAUUGCCAUUGUCUCGGGAUAUAUCAAGAGCAGCUUUGAAAACAGUGUCCUCAAUGCUCUCUAUGGCAUAUUGUCUUCCAUUUAUUACUCGGCCAGUUCAUAUGUUGUGGUGUUUGGCUACAGAAAAGUCAGAGAGUGUCUAAUGGAAGCCUGCUGGUUCUUGAGAUGUGCAAGGCCCACCAUGGUUGAGAGCAUGUCCUAGGAGGAUGCCCUUCACCCUUCACCAUAGAUGGCGGUCAAACUCUUGUCAGCUGGAAUCUCUAACCACUUUGCCCAAACCCACACAAUUCUGGUCCUCAGCGGAGCAAACCACAACCUAGGAGAAAACAGUUCACAGUUCUGGAGCUAGUGUGCCCUCAGAAUAUCAGUGCAUCAUCUCCCAGACGCAGAUUGGCUAUCAUAUCCAGCAUCCUUGUUGGUGGAGGAGAGUGUAAGACAACUUCGCAAGAAGGAUGGCAAUUAGAUGAGCGUAGAACUCAUAACUGCUACACGGGAUCCUGGCUGUUAACGCUGCUGCCUCCAAAUCGUCUACACAGGUUUCAUUUCAUUCAUGUAUUUGCCUUCCAUCUUGAGGUUGCAUCUCAGCUUCAAAGGAAAUAGGAUUAUCACCACCUUCCUACCUUGAUCAUUCCAGGCCAUGUUCAAGGUUCCGGUUUUGGUGCACAAACCCCUAUGCAGCUUGGGACAAGGAU